ACUGCGACUCUUAUUCUGACGCACAGAAAAUGCCGAGAUACGUCAGUGUUCCGUUUUCAGUGCUGACUGUCCUGAUUGGAAUUGGCUGCUCAGCCCAAGGUAUACCUGGAUCUACAGGAGGUGUUGGGGGACUCCCUGGCCUUGGAAGCCUUCCAGGACUCGGAAGCUCCACGGCACUCGGGGGCAGCGGGAAGAUUCCUGGUCUCGGCGGUCUUCCGGGCCUUCCUGGUCUUGGUAGCUCCACGGCACUCGGGGGCAUCGGGAGCAUUCCUGGACUUGGGGGCACCGGAGGUGGUGUUCCAGGAUUAGGGGGCACUGGGGCUCUUCCUGGACUUGGCGGCAUUGGAAGUCUUCCGGGACUUGGAGGCACGCCCGGAAUCGGUGGCAUAGGUGGUCUACCGGGAGUCGGGGGACUUGGAGGUUUACCAGGAAUCGGGGGCAUUGGAGGCCUCCCUGGUCUCUCAGGAAUUCCUGGGCUAUCCGGACCGAGAACCGGUGGUCUGAGGAGCGAACAUGCGAUGAAGGGCCAUCAUCAGCACGGUUGAUCGCAUACCUGCACGCUGCGAUGAAAGAUGCGUUGUAAAUAAAGUGCUCACUUUUGCUGUACUACACUCCUCCGACGUACACCAGGAGAACAGAAAUAAAAGAG